AUGGAAGGUGGUCAACAUGAUGGCUUAGAAAAGUCUCCAAAUGGUGACAUUUCUAAUGAAGGUGAUAUAGUUGCGGCAGCCAUAGGGAUGCACCAGAGUAAUUUUGAAUCCUUCCAAGAUUUGGAGGACAUAAGUAUUGAUGCAGUCAUGAAGGUAUCUCAAAAGGAGAGAUCCAUAGUUGGUGUAAGUGGUGUUACUCCUCACUCAAUGGAAGUGGUGAAAACAGAGGCCCUACAACAGAUUUCCUUAGGUUCUGUUGCUUCCUCUGCAUUUACACUUUUUACUCACAUUUUUGUUGGCAAGAUGGGAGGAGGGAGAAGAACCGAAACCUUUGUACGUGAUUCUGCAUCAUCAUCAUCAACCAACCAGAGAAGCAACUCUGGAGGAUUUAGAUAUUUGACUAAAAACCAACUUGGCGGCGUAAUCUUUGGCUGCACAGUGUCUACGAUGAAUGAGUGUCUACGAAAUCAGCUAUUUGGUUUGCCUGCUCCACAUAUUUCAUACGUGAAGAAUAUAGAUCCUGGUCUGCCAUUGUUUUUGUUCAACUACAGCAACCGAGAGCUUCAUGGUAUCUAUGAAGCUGCAAGCUCGGGAAGAAUGAACAUCAACCCAUAUGGUUGGACAUUAGACGGUUCUGGAAGAACCGAAUAUCCUGCACAGGUUCAGGUGCGUCUGCGUCUGCACUGCAGACCGUUGGCUGAGAGUUUGUUUAAGCCUAUAAUACAGGAGAACUAUUACCAUGAUCAGCGUCAUUUCAUGUUUGAGCUAGAUCAUGUUCAAGCGGGAAAUUUGAUCUCAAAGUUCUCAUCUUCUUUAUUGGCUCCAAUCAGAAGCAUACCGCAGAAUGCACCAAAUUGGAGAAGUGUAAUGCAAGAUGCAGUUUUAAGAAAUAGGGAAGAGAAUGACAAGGUGCGAUACGCUGGAGAAAGCAGUAGAUCAGGAGCCUCUAUAAAUAGGCAUAUUGUAGAGCAUAGCACUAUUGCAGUGACGAAUGCUACUAGACAUGAUGUAAAGAGUGGGGAAGAAACUUUUCAUCAGACAGAUCAGAUACUAAGAGAGGUACAGAAUGGCGAAACCUCAUCUGACUUGGUUGGCUAUCCUGCUGAGUCAAUCUUCCUAAUCGGAGGAUAUGAUGGAGUAUCAUGGCUAACUGCCUUGGAGUCAUAUUCACCAUCAAAUGAUGUGGUGAAGUCUUUGAAGCCAAUGCAUUCAGUCCAAUCAUAUGCCGGAGUUGCAGAACUCUGUGGACAGCUGUUUGUGUUUGGUGGCGGCGAUGGUGGAGCUAUUGGAGCCGAAAGCUUGUGGUACGACACAGUUGUAUCAUAUAGACCAGCAACUAACAUGUGGAGUCUACAUCCCCCUUUGAAAACGAAAAAGGGCGCUUUAGCUGGUGCUACUUGGAAAGACAGAAUCUUUGCAAUUGGUGGAGCAAACGUGAUUGACUGUUUUUCAGAAGUUGAGAUGUAUGAUCCUCAAUUCGGAUGUUGGUUUAAUACAAGGCCAAUGUCGCAAAAGCGAUCUUGUCUAGCUGCAGCAGAACUCAAUGGUGCGUUAUACGCUGUUGGUGGAUAUGAUGGAAGCAAUUACCUUGCGACUGCUGAAAGAUUUGAUCCAAGAGAACGUUCGUGGGCAACAAUAAGAAGUAUGAGUACGAGAAGAGGAUGUCAUACGUUGACUGUGUUGGAUGGGAAGUUAUAUGCACUUGGUGGGUAUGAUGGGUCUACAAUGGUACGUAGCACUGAAAUAUAUGACCCCCGUCUUGCAACAUGGAUGGUUGUUGAGCCAAUGGAACUCGCGAGAGGUUAUUCAGCUGCUGUUGUUCUACAGGACUCUAUUUAUGUGAUUGGAGGAGUUAAAUUUAAUGAGGAAAUUGUAGACGUGAUUGAAUGUUACAAGCCCGGUGUAGGCUGGAAAACACUGAACUUGAAGGGAAUUGGAAGAAGGUGCAUCUGCUCAGCUAUAGUCUUAACUAAUGACUGAGCUCUGCCUUUCGA